AUGUACGCUCCCGGCUACGGCUUCUCCAAUGUCCCUCCGAACUUCAACACCAGCGCCCCACCUCCAAACCAGAACCCUCACAUGCAGCCAGGCUCUGUCCCAACCCAGCCGGGCCAGCAGAUGAUGUACAACCCUAAUCAAUUCGCUGGUAUGCCCGGAGGCCAGCCCGGCUUCGUCGGCGGUCCCAAUCCCGCCAUGAUGUCGGGCGCUGGCCCUGCAGGCAUGAUGCAGAACGCCGGCAUGCCACACAUGGCUGCCAAUGGUCAGAAGUCUCGUAUCUGCGUCACGCCCUCUGAUGCUGCCUCGUGGCAGCAUGUAUUGCCCGUCGAUGAUCGAGACAAAGAUCGUGGUGCCACGCGAUCGCGUCUGUCUCGCAGUCACUCCGUCACCAUAGUCAUCAUCAUCGUCAACGGACACCCGCCAAACGACAUGGCACCACAGCAUCUUCCAGCAUCUAUCCAUGGGAACACGCGUUUGCUAACAUCAAUGUCUCUACCAAACGCGACUGCAAAUGGCACAUCGUCGGUAUCGACGCCCCUUAGUCCCGGCAGCGAGUCCCGCGAACAGGAGAGGUUUUCACUGUUGUUGGAGAUCAAUCAAGAGCUGUUGUUCGAGUCGAUGCAGUUGCAACACACGCUAAGUGAGUUGAAGAAAGAGACACCAGGAGAAGGAGAUCAGGCGAGGAAACCGACCCAAGAAGAAGGGUCGGUUCAGCAGGACUACAGCCAUUGCAUGCGACGACUUCAAGCGAAUCUCGCAUACCUAGCCGCUUUGGCCGAUCGCAAGGGAAACGUCCAGGUUCCUCCAUCGCCCGCUUACCUGUCCUCCCCGCCACUGAAUAUGGCGCUCAAGAUCCGAAACUCAACUCCGCCAGGCGACAUUCCCGAGAACAAUCCAGACCCGAUGACAGACCGCGAGGAACGAUCCAAAUACCUAUCUGAGCUGUACAGAAAGCUUCAAGCGCUGUUUCCAAAUGCGGACCCCAAGAAGGAGCCACCGUUCCAGGCCGCGGGCCGCCCUCAGGGUCAACCGGGGCAGCAGGGACAAGGUCAGCGGCCGCCGAGCCACCACGCGAGCCCCGCCAUGGCUCAAGCUCAACGGCCCAUGCAGAUGCAGAACAUGCCCGGAGCACAUCAGCAGCAGGGCAUGUCUCUAUCAUGA